UGACAGAUUUUGUGAUGGGAAGUUGAAAGAACCAUGGUGAAAUAACCAGAGGAAGAAGCAUGAAUAUAGUAUGGUGACUUACGCUCUGGUGCAUUGCUUGGGACAUCCAUCCUCAUUCAAUGCAUACAGCUGAUGAUGAUGAAAUAUGGCACUUUCUUCAAUAAGAUUGACCAGAAGACCAAUCAGCCAACACACAGAGAUGGAUCACCCAAACACCUAUGAACUUGAGGAGAGCUACAUGCUGCCUGCAUCAUUAUGGCACCGCAAGCGCUAUCAGACUACCUAUAAGGCUGACUACUCCCAUCAAUUGCCACAGAUCUGUGGAAACCUCACUAACUCCUCUGUUCUCACUCGCUACACACCUGAAGAAUGGCUUAUCAGCAAUCAACGGCACUUUAAUCUGGCAGACAACACCAGGGCUGAAGCUGAGUCCAUGCGCUCUGAUGCCAUUCGUCUCAUACAGGACACUGAGCAGAAAACCCAAGAAGGACAAAAGGAAGCAGGAGAAUGCCUUGGAGAGAGGAUUGCCAACAUUAAGUACUGGCAAGAGGAACUCAAUACAGAAACUGACAGACUGAUAACUGAAACCUCUAGACUCCAAGAGCUGAAGAAGCAUGUCACACAAAGCCUGGAACACACCCAACAGCCUCUAUCCAUAGCUAAGGAAUGCCUCAUCCUCAGAGAAAACCGCCAAGGUAUCGAUUUGGUUCAUGAUGCAGUGCAGGAGGCUCUAAUUGAUGAAUGCAAGAUCAUCCAAAAGUGUCAAAAAGAACUGAUGGAAGCUCUGAAGAAUAUUGAUCAUCAGCUGGAUGCUAUGAGGAAGGCACGAUGGCAGCUGGAGAAAGAUCAGAAUAACAAGUUCAGCGCCCUAUGUAUAGAUGAGAUCAGCCAUCGUCUCAACAACCAAUCACGAAGCAUAUAUUUCUAUCAGGGGAUAGAAAAGAAUGACAACCUAGUCACAGUCCCUGAGACUUGGGCAGACUUCACACAAAGGAACAUCCAGCAUUCCCAGCGAGAGAGAAGGGCAUCAGGACAGCUAAGGACAAAAAACUAUAAUCUUGUCAGCCAGUGCAUGAAUACCCUGCAGAAUGCAUGGGAAAGGACCAAUGCAGCCCUGACAUAUCGAUGCACAGAGACUAGUGAAGCCAAGAAUCGGCUUCAGAAUCACCUCUCCAAGGCAACUGAGCUGUAUGAUGUCGGAAAACACAUAGACAUGCUCAAGAGAUCCAUUCAUGACAAGAUGGCACCCUUGAAACUAGCACAGACCAGACUUGAAACAAGGACACAUCGCCCUGAAAUAGAACUUUGCAAAGACCCUGCCCAUAAUAGAUUGGUACAAGAGGUGAAAGACUUGGAGAAGAGCAUUGAGUCUUUGCGAGAGAAGCUGGCUGAUGCACAGGUGACUCAGCAGUCCCUUUUGAAGACCAAGUCCAAACUUGAAGGGGACAUCAAGGUGAAAUGCAACAGCACGUUCAUAGAUAGGGAGAAGUGCCUUGGCAUUAGACGCAGCUUCCCUAUCCACAAUGUCUCUUUCACAGUCAGCUGAUGGCUUCUUCCACUGUAACUUUUCCCUAUUCUGGUCUCCCUUUUCUCACUUUCUUUUCAUAAUUUCCAGUGAAGUCAGUAGGCUCUUCUUAUGUACCCGUUUUCAAGAAUGUUUCAUGC